CUAAUUCUUCUUUUUUCAUUGUAUGGCUAGAUUUUUGUGAUAAUUUGGGAAAAGAAAACACAAAAACAAAGCAUGGUUGCCCCGAAACAUUCUGAAAAUGGCAGUGGCGUCGCCGAAUACGAAAUAUAUUUAACGCAAACAAAACCACAAAAAAAGAAUGCAAGCUAUAAUUCUACUAUUCCAUCAGUGUCUUUAUAUUUGUUUGCCUUCAUGAUGGGAUUUGGCAUCAUGGCGUUGUACACUCAGUUUGUGAUUAAAACUCAGGUAACAGUUCUAGUAAGAGCGAUUGAAAAAGAGAAAGAGAAUUUGGAUCAAAUGCAAGUUCGAGAUGUCGAAGAGAAUAUGAAACAAAAUAGUGAUAUACUAAGAAGAGCAAAAAGGGAAUGGACAAGUCAGUGGGAUUAUCCUGCAGCACAUCUCAUUGGGCACGCGGGGCCGAACGACCGAACCUACGGAAAUCAGAUACCGCAAUACGGUAACUUUUUUCGUUGGACUUUGGGACAAAAUUCCUUCUCUCUUAUGGAAUUGGAUGAGUCUGAAACUGGAACCUUGAUUGUGGUCAACACAAGAGGAUACUACAUGGUGUAUUCACAGGUCACCUAUUCUGGACACGGAUUGUUUAAAAUUGGCCAUGAAACCGUCAAAAUAGCAGCUGGAAAUGGAGACGAAUCCGUACUUAUGAAAUCUCUGAAUACACAGCAAUUAUCAACAGCAAAAAGUGGAAUACCAACUCUUUCAAGAUCCUACGAUUCGAAUUACCAUGCUGGAGUAUUCUAUUUGCAUCCAGGUGACAAAGUCGGAGUGAAACCGUGGAAUUAUGGCCGAAAUCACACAUACGCGUCUCAAGGAGUAGGAUUAUACUUCGGCAUGGCAUUUCUUCACCAUUAAUGUGUAAUUUGAAAGUGAAGAAAUAACAUGUGUGGAUAAAUUGUCAGAACUAGAACAGACUAGAAUGUAAAAAUAAAGCACGAUUCUGCUUCCCAUAAAUCUUGCUACUUCGAACAAAUUGGAUGAACAUCAUACAAUCCCGACUUCGAAUCCCGAGUUCAGUUUGAAGGAAUUGACUCCGAUUGAAACUCCACGUGCUGAGAAUAACCAAACGUUCAAAACAAAAACUGGCGCAUGCAGACUUUAGUUUACCGUUGAGAAUUCUUUGUCUACAGCAACUCCAGGGAUUCAAAAUUAACUUAUGAUUUGAUUUCCGACUCCGGGGAGUUCGAAAAUACGACUCCUGCUCAGACUCUAAUAUUGAUACAACAAACCAAACUGCAAAUCCAGACGCCGACGCUGCAGUCCUGUAAAUGUGUCAGGCCCAACGUCCGGUGCCAUAUUUCCUCAUGUAGCCUACUUGUUAAACUCUUGUCUCGUUUGAGGUGGCUUUGACUUUGUUACCUACCUAGGAUUACCUUUCUGUUGGUUGGCACUUUACAUUUUCUUUGUCUAUAAUACUAAUCACACUUACGUUAUUUGUAAUAAAUUAUGUACAA